UAAAACGCAUAACCACCCCUGUAACAGAGUGGGCUCGUCUUGAGAGGUAUCCGCCCAUAUGUAGAGCUAGAAUAACAUUAACAGUGAACCGUUCUCUUUUGACCUUUGGAUCUUUGGAGAAGGCACGACAACUACACUCUCGGCAAACGACGACUUAAGGAGGGAGUAGAAUAAGAAAUGAAGAGACACGGCAACACCAAAACCGAGGUGAACUUCUCUGAAGCCACGAAAGGGAAGUUGACUUUCCUUCUUGCCUUCUGUGUGGGUAUCGCCGCACUGGGGCCUUUCCAGUACGGAUACACCGUCGGUGUGCUGAAUUUACCUGAACAGGAGCUCAAGAAAUUCUAUAAUGAGUCGUACUUUCACAUGUUUGGAGUCGAACUGGGCAGCGAUCAGUUGACAAUCCUGUGGUCCUCCACCGUGUCCAUCUAUUGCCUGGGUGGACUGGUCGGCUCACUUCUGGUUGGGCCUCUCACCGGGUCAUUUCUUGGAAGAAAAUGGACAAUGGUGUCCAUCAACCUGCUGUCUGUCUCGGGGGCGCUGCUGAUGUGGGGCUCCAAGAUGCAGACGUCAUUUCAGAUGAUCAUCGUGGGGAGGACCAUCAUGGGGGUGCACAAUGGCUGUGCCAUCAUGGUGGUUUCAAUGUACCUGGCCGAGGUGUCACCACCCAACCUGCGCGGGGCUCUGGGAACCACCCAGGGGGUCUUCCUAACCACCGGUAUUCUGGUCUCCCAGAUAUUGGGGCUUCAGCAGAUUCUUGGAAGUGAAGAGAGAUGGCCGUAUCUGCUGGGUUUUUAUGUCAUCCCUGCUGUCCUCCAGUCCUUCUGCAUGAUGUUUCUUCCCGAGAGCCCAAGGUGUCUGCUCAUAGAUAAAGACGACCUAGAAGCUUCCAGGAGAGCCCUUGUGAAGCUGCAGGGAGCACACAUCAACCAAGAUGUCUACAUGCAGGAGAUGAAGACUGAGCACGAGAACGAACUGAAGGAGCCGAAAAUGAGCUUACUAACCCUGGUCAAGUCUCGUUCCCUGCGUCCUCAGCUGUUGAUCUGCGUCGUGGUCUGGCUUGGGCAACAGUUUUGUGGAAGCUAUGCGAUAUUAUACUACUCCACGUCGAUCUUCCUCAGUGCGGGGGUUCCUGAGGAGUAUAGUGACUACGCGACCAUCGGGGUGGGCGGGAUCAACGUGCUGACGACAGUUGUCUUCAUGAUGGUUGUUGACAAGGCAGGGAGGAGGGCCCUUCUUCUGUGGGGUGUCGCCAUCAUGGUUUUCUCACAUGCUAUCCUGACGGUUACCCUGGGUCUGACGGAGAACCUGUUCUGCGAGUGCGGCUGUCAGCAGGGUCGGUGGCCGACCGGAGUCUUAGAUUCUGCUGGUGCCUGUAUUCUUCCCAAUGCAACAGGUGAUCCAAACGCCACGAUGUCCGCUGCUGCUCCUUUCGUGAACCCGUACCAGUGGAUCUCCUAUCUCAGCAUUGUUUUUGCAAUCGUCUGCAUCAUCGCCUUCGCCAUUGGACCAGGUCCGAUCCCGUUCAUCAUCACUGGUGAGCUGUUCCGCCAGGGGGCGCGCCCUGCCGCCUUCAUGAUCGGCGGCAGUGUCAACUUUGUCGCGAAUGGCGCCGUGGGAUUGGUGUUCCCCAUACUACAGGCGAGGAUCGGUGCCUUGACAUUUCUCAUCUUCAUGGCGGUUUGCGUUCUGCUGUGCAUCUUCGUCGCAGUCAAGGUGCCCGAGACAAGCAACAAGACAUUCGAAGAUAUCCAAAAGCUGUUUGGUGUCCAGGAAGACGCAAGCGGAGAAGCACCCAACGACAUAUCGAGCGAUGCUUACGAGGGCACAACGUGCUUGUAGAGCAAAACAGUGCCUUAUUCAUGUUCUAUUGGAAAGGGAAAAUGUCGUUUCUUAUUUUUGUGAAAAUCAUUGCCAUCUGCUUAUAUCUCAACAAAAUGUCGUAUUUUUAUGCGUGCAGAAAACAAACUCUUAAGAAUGUUAUAGCUUUUCGUAAACCAAG